AUUUUGCUAAUAUGCAACACGGACGUGGAGUCGGCGAACGAUCCAGUAGUGGAUGAGGCUAUACGAGCCGCGAUUGAUGGCUUUCACGAGGAGGGUCGAGUCUUUCCGCAUGGUCAACUUAGAAUCAAUCGUAAGAAAUUGGAGGAGCAUGACACGAGCAAAACACAGGGAUUUCUGCAGGAUAUUCCUACCGAAGAGCUGCAAAAAUACGAUAACGAUGAUUUUGCGGUGAUGACAGUUGAGAAACGAUUGAGUUUGGUUCGUCUGCAGAGUGUCCGUCGUACCUUGAUUCAGCCAUCAGACGAUAAGGUAUUAUUGUUGAGCAGUAGUCAAUGA